AUGGACCGAUCUGCGAUGCGGGAAACUGGCGAGAGCGUGAUGAGGGAAACACCGCGGCUAACGGGCGCGGAGGGCUCAAACCCUCAGACGCCACGGAGCUCUAACCGGGCCCAGGAGAUGUCAAUUUCAGACAUGGAGUCCAAGCUGCUUCCAAGGCCCCUCAAGGGGGGACGCCAUGGCUCGCUUCCCAUGUCCGCCAGGGAGCUCCUUGAGGACAACAAGCAGCUCAUUCUUGAAAAGAAGGAGCAGAAGGCAUUAGCAAGGAAGAACUCCAGAGAGUUGGUGCAGAAACUGAUCGAAGAAGAUCGCGUCAAGAGCGAAGGCAUCAAGGCAACGGACCAGAGCAAAAGGUCCAUGCAGCGAGAACUGGCGCAGCAGUACAAAGCUGCGAUCGAAAACAAGGAGGCCCAGAGGGCAGCAGUGAAAGCUGCCGCCAGCCAAGGGCAGCACAUCUCCUACUUCCCUUUCGUGGAGGGCGAGACAAUUGCCAAGGGCAGGGCAGCCAAGAGCGCCGUUCUCCGCGAAGAGAUGCCCAAACUUAUCGCCAUCGUCAACAUCCCCUUUGUUGCAAAUCUUGAGAAGCGCAUGAAGAAUAGUGGGGAGGACGCCCUGAUCAAGGACGGGGCGAUGCAGCAUGCAUGCUGCAGGGUGUUGGCUUCUUGCAGCGUCGUGAUGCGCCUUUUCCAAGAUCGCCUUCUGACCAUCUUCAGGCCACGGUACCUGUGUCGAGAAAGGCACUGGGCCCGGAUUACCUUUGCAGUCCCUUUGUACGUGAAAAGCCUGACAAAGGAGAAGAUGGAUGUGGCAGUGGAGCAGACGAAGAUGGAGCUGGCGACAUUGGCGAAGAAGCGUCAGGACGAGAUCCACAUGCUUGAGGAUUCCAUGCUCGUAGCCGACGCCCUGCGUCAUGAUGGAACCACUGCGAAAGCAGACGCAAGAAGGAGGCAUGCCCUCUUCUUGAAGGAUCAGAUCGAAGAGCAACGCCAGCGACGGCGAGCAGAGAAAGAAAGCAAACGCAUCGAAGCAGCGGGAUACUGGGGCCCCGAGGAGAAGCCCACGCACACCGUGGAGACCCACCGCUCACACUGUCAAGACCUCAUCAAGCAAAUGGAAGUAGAUCAGAAUCGUCGCUUGAUCGACCGGAGCAUGCGCCUACGGCAAGAGCAACAGAUCGUCAACAAUUGUAUGGUGCAGAUGGAGCAGGAUCGGGAGCUGGAACGGCAGAAAGUGGCCCAGCACCGGGACGUGCUGGUGACAACUUGGCAGAGCCAAGUGCAACUUCGUGAG